UGCCAGCUGAUCGAGGCAGGAGGCACAUAACUUUACCAACGGGGAGCCGCUCCGCCCUACUGCUUCAUACCACUAACUGCUCCCACCACACAGCACCGAGGGACCAGAGAGUGCCACGAGAGCCACACAGAGCCACCAGAGGACCAGUGAGUGCCACGAGAGCCACACAGAGCCACCAGAGGACCAGUGAGUGCCACGAGAGCCACACAGAGCCACCAGAGGACCAGUGAGUGCCAUGAGAGCCACACAGAGCCACCAGAGGACCAGAGAGUUCCACGAGAGCCACACAGAGCCACCAGAGGACCAGUGAGUGCCAUGAGAGCCACACAGAGCCACCAGAGGACCGUCGAAGGCUACACGCACCAAAUAAUUGCGGAGUGCCAGUAGAACCCAGUGUGUAGGGGCGGUGUAGGGGCGAGGCUCGGCGAAGAGGAAGUAGAAGAAAACAAGAAGAAAAAGAGGAAGAAGAAGAAAAACGAAGAGCAAAAGAAGAAGAACAGGAAAAAUAAAAAAAGGACCUGACACAUACAAGUAAACGACACGUACAAGACAAACUGCGGCUAUUUUGACCCCCCCCCCCCCCGUGAGUCCGUCUAGAGGGUCAGGUCAGAGGUCAUCAUGGGUGCCGACGCCGUGCCCAUAGCAGUGAUGACUGGUGGUGGGUGCAGUGAUGCCAAGGGUCAGAACAAGGGGGUGAUCCAGGUGGUCUUGGUGAUAACGGCCACCUCCUGCUGGCUAUUUUGGAUGCUGGCGUAUAUGCACCAAAUGAACCCGCUCAUUGGGCCCCAGCUCCACAACACAACCAUCAUCGCCAUACAGUACAUUUGGGAUGAAACCCUAAAACUUCCCGCGCGUGAGUGACGACCCAGCCGUCUGCCGCACCCUGCCACCAUCGCCAAGCCCUCGGGGACACUAACUGCCAUGUUGCGUGACGGUGUGGCUCUCAGGGCGGUGGCUGUGUUGAGGAGACGCUGCUGGUGGUGGUGGUGACCUGUUGGUGGGCAUGGUCAGCUCUUUACACAGCCCGUCAACUGGCUCUGGGUAUUCAUCUGUUGUCUCCGCAUGCUAAAUUUAUCCCGAGCCCAAAUUACAUAACAUCAUUUUCUAUUUCUUUUCUGCUGUAUUGGCUUCUAUAGUGGUGGUGGUGGUGGUCUGGCACUCUCUACAUUUCCCGUCAACUGGCUCUGGGCAUUCAUCCAUAGGCGCCGUAUGCUAAACCCAUUCAAGAUGAGAGUUUCGAGACGCCUCUUCGCCUGAAAUUGACCUCUCUUUUGCCCUCUUGAUCGUUCUUUCUUCUUUUUCCCUUUAUUUUCUUGUCAUAAAUAAAUCCGUAAAAAAGAACAGCAAGGUCAACUGCUUACCAAACUCUCACUCUGCCCAAAACUUAUCCUUUCUGCCUUUCCUCUCUUCCUAAAACUCCUCUUCCAUUCCCUAAAUUCAUCAUCACCAUCAUCAUCAUCUUGUUAUAAAUAAAUCGGUUAAAAAGAAUGGCAAGGUCGACUGCUUAUCAGACCCUCACUCGACUCAAAACUUCAUCCUUUCUGCCUUUCUUCUCUUCCUAAAACUCCUCUUCCAUUCCCUAAAUUAUCCUAAAAAUUGAAAAGAGGAAAAAAAACUCAGCCAGAAGUCCGUCCCCUCUUCCACUGCAGUAGGACAUGGGGCCAUAUCCUCAAACCCUUUGGCUGCCCAGCAUGUCUUUCCUAGGAGUUUUGGGCAUUUCCAGGGGUCGAUUGAUGGCCCUGGUGGUAGUUUGACCCUUCUUCUGUGUUAUGAUUGUGAAAAAGCACUCAUGAAAACCCGACUGAUCUCUUUUUUGACCCUUGGAAAUAGUUGAAUACCGACCCCGAUUGCUUAGGUGACAUAAGGGGGAGUAGCCGUGAACAUUACCUUGGAGUGUGGGUGAUGGAGGGGCCAGGCUCAUGGGACCAGUUUAGUGUUUGGUGACUAUGAUAACUUAGUGUACAGUGACGGGCAUUCCUGUAGUGUAGAGAUUGUGCGUGUGUGAAGUGUCUGGUGGUGUGUGGCGCUAUACGAGGGUCCGAGGGAACAUGGUCUUUUAAAUGCCACCUUUCCAGCCAGACACGUGCCUUUCUUUGGGUUUUCAGAGGCUGUGUUAUGUCAAGUUUUGGGUAUAACUUUUUAACAGUGAGUCGGAUAAGGGUGUUGAUUUGGCAAAGCGUGUGUCAGACCUUGCUCUAUGCACAAAACAAGUCCCAUUGGUCUCAAAUUCAUAAAUCCAUUGAAAUAACGCCUCCAUUUACUGCAUUUCUGUUUAGGGAUCUCAUAAUGUGCCCCUGAACCCCCUACACAGACACGCACAUAUGCUCACAAACGUCCCAUCGCCCCCAAGCUCAUAAAUCCCAUUGAACUAAAGCCUCCAUUUGGCUCAAUUUUCUUAGCUACUUGUCUGGCAUUAAAUAGAGGGUCUGCUAAGGGCCUUUGAGGAAUAGUCACAGGUUUUUGGGAAGAAUUUCUAGGCGCGAUUUCCUUGCUUAAAUCCCUUGGCGUUGACCGGACCAUGCCGCCGACAGCCUCUAGUAUAGCAUGUCCUCGUCCGGGUGUGAUAAUAGAGUAUACUUAACCAGGCGUGGGGCGACAGGGGAGCGUACUUACUGAUAGAUUAUGGCAUUCACGAGCCUCUCCGUCAUCGCACGCCUCAUACAUAUAUAUAUAUA